GUCAUCUGUCGAAAAAAUUAGCAAAUUCGAUGAAAUACCAGAUGGAUAAUCUGAAAGUGCCAAAAUAUGUUUAAUUGUACAUCAUAGAUUAAUCUUUUAUGUCACAUAAUGUUUAAUUAAUCCACAAAUUGGACUUUUAUCCGUAUAAAAGUCUUCUAUAUUUUUAAGCCAUGGAAAAUUAUGAAAAAAUAGCCAAUGAACUAAAAAGCAAGGUCCAUGAAAGUUUUCUGCGCUUACAUGAUACACUGAAUAAUCGGGAAAAACAAAUCAUUAGACAGAUUGAUGUAUUGCUACAACAGCAACAAAAUAAUGCAUUGGACGUGAAAAAAAAUCAUUGGAAACAAUUUGACAUCAGUAAUGAGAGUGAAAAAUCAAUCAUCUCAGACAUAAUGAAAUUUGGAGAAUUAGAUUUAAGUAACAUCACCUUGGAUAGCAAUCUUUAUGUUAUAGAAGACUAUAUCAGCCCUAAUAAUGAUCAUGAAUGCUUAUACAAAUGUUUAGAUACAUUAAAUAUGGUAUCCAGCACUGAAGAUUUGAAAGUGCAAGUGCAAUUUCCUCAGUGUAAAUAUUUAAAUUUAAUUUCGGACAAAACUGAAAAAAUAGAAAAUAACCUGAUUACUUCCAAUAAUAAACAGAACAAACAAAACUCGCCAGGAUCAAAUACAAUAAAAAGUUCGGAUUCUUUUGAUAGUGCUAAAACUAGUUUUACCGAAAAAUCAUUUACAGACAGCUCUCCAACAAAUAAUGAAGACCUCAAGCAUCAACCAACUCAAGUUCAAUAUUGGCUGAAACAAAUCAUAGCUGAGACUGAAAUCGAACCAGUACAAAAUACUGAAAAACAAUUGGUGAUAGGUUAAUUAAAUAAAUCUUUUAAAUAUUAACUCAUUAGUACUUAAAUACUCUUGUAGGUCCUGUUAACUGUAUGUAUAUG